ACACACCUUCUCAUUUCAAUGCGUUUUCUUUAUUUUCAUAACAAUCAUUUUAACUUAACAUUGUAUAUUGUCACUGAAGGCAUCCCAACUAUGACACUUGUGAAUUGAAACCCCUUUCAGGUGACUUCCUCUUGAAGCCCAUCGAGAGAAUGCCAAGAGUGUGCAAAACAGUAAUCAGAGCAAAGGGUGGCUACUUUGAAGAAACUAGAAUAUAAAACAUGUUUUCAGUUAUUUCACCUUUUUUUGUUAAGUACAUAACUCCACAUGUGUUCAUUCAUAGUUUUGAUGCCUUCAGUGACAAUCUACAAUGUUAAGUUAAAGUACCCAUGAUUGUCACACACACACUAGGUGUGGCGAAAUUAUUCUCUGCAUUAGACCCAUCACCCUUGAUCACCCCCUGGGAGGUGAGGGGAGCAGUGGGCAGCAGCAGUGGCUGCGCCCGGGAAUCAUUUUUGGUGAUUUAACCCCCAAUUCCAACCCUUGAUGCUGAGUGUCAAGCAUCAAUCAAUCAAUCAAUGUUUAUUUAUAUAGCCCUAUAUCACAAGUGUCUCAAAGGGCUGCACAAGCCACAACGACAUCCUCGGUACAAAGCCCACAUAAGGGCAAGGAAAACUCACCCCAGUGGGACGUCGAUGUGAACCUUGGAGAGGACCGCAUAUGUGGGUAACCCCCCCCCUCUAACAGGGAGGUAAUGGGUCCCAUUUUUAUAGUCUUAAAUAGUCAUCAACGCAUUGAAUGAGAAGAUGUGUCCAAACCUUUGGCCUGUACUGUAUAUAUAUAUAUAUUUUUUAUUUUUUUUUAUUUUUUAUUUUUUAUUUUUUUUACUUUCAACACUAAAAUAUCUGAUCAACUUCAGAUUUAUCUGUUGAUGGAACGUUUAAUUUUUAAAAAUAUUUUAUGCCUUUUUUGUCAAAGAAAACCAUGUUUUUUUAUGACGAAAACACAAAAUAUACAAUAUUUUCCACACAUUUUUUUUUUUCCAAAUUGAAUAUUUGAUGUGAAAUAAUUGGGGCCUUGAAUAGGCAAAUAAUCCAUCCAUCCAUUUUCUACCGCUUGUCCCUUUUUUGCAUAACAAAAUUGAAGUUGAUUCAUUAUUGCUUUUUGAACAAUGACAGUUUAAAAAAAAAUAAAAAAAUCAGACUAAAGGUUAAAAGGCCCCCACUCAUAACAAGGUUGAAAAAGUCACAUGUCCAUAUAUAUUAUUUUUACUUUCUGUAUGUCAACUUCAGAUCUGUCAAUUAUAAAUGUGUCAUUAUCUUUUAAGCAAUGCCCCUUUGUGUUAUUAGAGUCAUUAUUGCAACAUUUUAUUGCUACGUUACACCUGUUUGCUCUUUUAUUCCACCUUUUUAUGUGUUUUUUGUUUAUUUAUUUAGCUGUGGGCGGCACUUUGGACACCCCUGCAUUAAAACAAUGGCUAAUACAUCACAGCAUGGCGACAUGCCCCCUAGUGGCAAAACUUGUGUGUGUGUGUGUGUGUCAAUAGGGGAGGAAGAGGAAAGGAUGACCAUUUCCUGUUGCAGCUAGAAAAUAAAGCAAACAGGAAAUGAGGAGCAGAAGUCUCCAAGAGCCCAACGAGGCGCCAAAGGAGACGAUUAGGAACCAGCCCCGCGAGCAGAAGCAGCACCUGAAGGAAACUCCGGUUGGAGCGAGGAGAAGAAGAAGAAGAAGGGCGCAGGAGAGGAGCAUCAUCUGGCAUCCUGGUGGCGAGAUGUUGGCGUGCUGAAGGAACCAUCUUGGAAUAUUGCUGUCAUCAUCUACAAAGAAAGAAAAAGGCAGGUUCCUCCUCCCCUCUUUCCCCUCCCCCCGUGCCACCAUGCCCAUCCUCAAGAACCUGCCGGUGCGACUGAAGGGCGGCGGUCCGACCCUCGACAACGCUUUGUUCAUCCGCAGGAUGAGCCUCAACAUCAACCCCCACCAUCACACCCCCUACGACCACGACGACGACGACGGCGGCCCUGGCAACCACUGGUCGCCGGGCGGCUCCUUCCUGGACGGCAACGUUCCGGGGGACCGUAACCCCUUUGAGGACGAGGAGGAUGAGAACGAGGCCAACGAGGGCAAGAAGGGCAAAGGGGGCUCAAGGAAGGGCUCCUUCAAGAUCAAGUCCCCCCUGAAGAGUUUGGGAAAGCUGGGGAAGACCCUGAGGAUGUCGGUGCGCAGCAAAGACAGUGCCGCGUCCUCGCCGCAGGGGUCACCGCAGGGGACGCCGUCGCCUGCGGAAAAGAAGAAAGGAGGCAGGCGGAGCUCGGAGGGAAGUCUGCUUAGGUUUGCGGGCAAAUACCGCGACACCCUCAGCUUCCGCACCAACGGCGAGCUCAACUGUUCGGAGAGCGAGUGCGACUCCAGCAGCCGCCGCGUGUCUUUCAUGAAGAUGGUGGGCUUGGGGAAGAUGAAGAGGGAGUCCGGGGCCGACCACUCGUCGCAGGGCCCCGAGGAGCAGCCGGUGCACAAGGAGCCGGAAGAGGAGGUCAAGCCCAGGGAGCCACUGUCAGUUCUAGAGAUCCUGCAGCUGGUCAAGAAGCGGGACCUCGUCUUGGCCGACACUCACAUCCUGGAGCUGGAGCAGGAAUGUAAUGGGUCGGACGGCGGCACGCAGCCGGAGGACCUGUGCAGCCCGAGCGUCAAAGAUGGCGGCCGCAGGAAGGCGAAGGACGUGGAGCUGCUGUACGAGGAGCUGCAGAAGGAGCUGUGGGCCGUGGUGAGGGAAUCGCUGCGGUCGCCCACAGCCGGGCCCAACCUGGGCCUGGUGGUUCAGGUGCUGCAGCAGGAAGAGCAGACUGAUCGGGACCGGGCCUGCAGCGAGGCGGCGGCGGCGGGGCCCAGACCGCGGCAGCUGAAGCAGCGCUGGAAGGAGGCGGUCGAGGAUGCCGCCGACAGUUCCCUGCCCCAGAAAGCCGAGUUCACAGCUGGAGAGCUGGCGGGGUACCUGGACCGCAUUCGAGUCCGCGUGGUGGAGGACCUGGGGGCCGCCAAGAGGAACGUGGUGUCCAUUUACCCCGAUGAGUACCGCGCCCUGCAGGUGUACAUGCAGAGCUACCACAAGGCGGUUGCUAAGCGACUGCAGUCCAUUACCGACCAACAACUGGAGAUCACCGACAUUUACUCCCUGCUGGACUGGCUGCACAACAUCUACAACAGGGAUGUUCUGGCAAAGGUGUGCAUCUUGGACCCUCUCAGUGCCUCUCAGCUCCAACCCCUGCUGCCCCCGGAAACGCUGGACAGACUGGAACAGGACUGUCUCAACUCAGUGCGGGCUAAAGUGACCACCGAGCUGAGUCAGGUGCUGGAUGACGAGGAGAAGCGGUGGUUUGAGAUGCUGCACGUCGAGGAGUACCACAUAACUCUGGCCAAGACCAUCAUACAGAGGCUGCAGGUUGACCUGGAACGUUCCGCCUCCAUCAACAGGAGUUUGGGUUCCAGAGUGGCUCAGUGCAGCCUCAACGGCCUGGCAGACUUCCUCUACAGCUUCCAGCGUAAAGUGGAGAUGUUUCACGAAGGCAUGCAGAGCGGAAUGUUUGGAGAACACGAGGACGGAUACGUGUCCAGAACUGUCGCGCUGGUCAACUGCUGUCCGCCCUUCAGAGGUUUCGUGCAGCGAUGCGCUCAGUGCGAGCCGGCGGCCAGUGAGGACUCUCUGAGGCGGGCCGACAAAGCUUUGGACCACAUCGUCCAGCAGGGGGUCCGAGUUCUCUCUGAGCGCCUGUUCCUGCACAUCCGGCCUUUCUUCGAGCGUCUGGUGAAGAGGAAGUGGCUGAGCAACACGGAGCCGUACGAGCAGAUAGAAGCUGUGAUCAAAGAACACUUCAAGAAAUAUCACAGGAUGGACAAUCCACCUUACCAGCUCCUCGCGGCGGAGGUCCAUCGGCGCGUGGUGAUGGAAUAUCUUCGCUCGGUCAUGCGAGGGCGAAUCAUCUGCACGUCGCUGAAGAUGAGGAAGAGGAUGGCGGGCCGCCUCCGAGACGAAGGCAGGGACAUCAAAGUCCUCUUCAAGGACCUGGAGUCUCCAUCGAGCUGGCUGGACGGCGCUCUGUCUCACAUCUCAGAGGUGAUCCAGCUGGAGGACGUCCCGUCCAUCCAGAUGGAGGUGGGAGUUCUGGUGCGGGAGUUUCCAGACGUCAGGAAGAAACACGUGUCGGCCAUUUUGAACAUCCGGGGCAUGACCCGGCAGCGGGAGCGCCAGGAGAUCCUCAACAUCGUCAAGGACAUCGAGAGCAACGACGGCGGUCUGGCCCGGCUGUCCAGGGACCGCGCCCUCUUCUCCGAGGUUCCGGUCACUUCCGAGGUCCACUGCCUGAACGUCGGCCUGAGCCGCGUCGCCCUCACCGCCUCUUCCUGCUUGGCCACGCUGCGGCCACGCCGACGUAAAGCCCGCACGUCAGUCCACGAGAACCCGGAUGAUGUUCUCUAAAGCGCCUGGAUCCGUUUUGGACCAGCAGCCUCUUAGCUUGCUUCUGUUCUGUAACACGACUGACUUAUAAAAGUUCUAAAAACUUUUUAGAUCUUCUAUUGCAGGGGUGGGGAACCUGCGCCUUUAAUCCGGCCAUCCACGCGAUUCUACUAAACAAUAACAUUUUCUUUGAUUAUUUCUUAAAUUCAGUAUAAAUAAAGGUUCCCUACCCAUGUUCUACUGGUUCUGUUUACAAACCCCGUUUCCAUAUGAGUUGGGAAAUUGUGUUAGAUGUAAAUAUAAACGGAAUACAAUGAUUUGCAAAUCCUUUUCAACCCAUAUUCAGUUGAAUAUGCUACAAAGACAACAUAUUUGAGGUUCAAACUGAUAAACAUUUUUUUUGUUGCAAAUAAUCAUUAACUUUAGAAGGCGAGGGUCACCACUUUGUCAACAAAUGCGUGAGCAAAUUGUUGAACAGUUUAAGAAAAACAUUUCUCAACCAGCUAUUGCAAGGAAUUUAGGGAUUUCACCAUCAACGUCCGUAAUAUCAUCAAAGGGUUCAGAGAAUCUGGAGAAAUCACUGCACGUAAGCAGCUAAGCCCGCGACCUUGGAUCCCUCAGGCUGUACUGCAUCAACAAGCAACAUCAGUGUGUAAAGGAUAUCACCACAUGGGCUCAGGAACACUUCAGAAAUCCACUGUCCGUACCUACUGUUGGUCGCUACAUCUGUAAAUGCAAGUUAAAACUCUCCUAUGCAAGGCGAAAACCGUUUAUCAACAACACCCAGAAACACCGUCGGCUUCGCUGGGCCUGAGCUCAUCUAAGAUGGACUGAUACAAAGUGGAAAAGUGUCCUGUGGUCUGACGAGUCCACAUUUCAAAUUGUUUUUGGAAACUGUGGACGUCGUGUCCUCCGGACCAAAGAGGAAAAGAACCAUCCGGAUUGUUAUAGGCGCAAAGUUGAAAAGCCAGCAUCUGUGAUGGUAUGGGGGUGUAUUAGUGCCCAAGACAUGGGUAACUUACACAUCUGUGAAGGCACCAUUAAUGCUGAAAGGUACAUACAGGUUUUGGAGCAACAUAUGUUGCCAUCCAAGCAACAUUACCAUGGACGCCCCUGCUUAUUUCAGCAAGACAAUGCCAAGCCACGUGUUACAUCAACGUGGCUUCAUAGUAAAAGAGUGCGGGUACUAGACUGGCCUGCCUGUAGUCCAGACCUGUCUCCCAUUGAAAAUGUGUGGCGCAUUAUGAAGCCUAAAAUACCACAACGGAGACCCCCGGACUGUUGAACAACUUAAGCUGUACAUCAAGCAAGAAUGGGAAAGAAUUCCACCUGAGAAGCUUCAAAAAUGUGUCUCCUCAGUUCCCAAACGUUUACUGAGUGUUGUUAAAAGGAAAGGCCAUGUAACACAGUGGUGAACAUGCCCUUUCCCAACUACUUUGGCACGUGUUUCAGCCAUGAAAUUCUAAGUUAAUUAUUAUUUGCAAAAAAAAAAUAAAGUUUAUGAGUUUGAACAUCAAAUAUCUUGUCUUUGUAGUGCAUUCAAUUGAUUAUGGGUUGAAAAGGAUUUGCAAAUCAUUGUAUUCCGUUUAUAUUUACAUCUAACACAAUUUCCCAACUCAUAUGGAAACGGGGUUUGUAGAUGGGCUAAUUGUAUGCUAAGUGGAUCCAGUUGGAAAAGCACCUGCAGUUCCGAUAGUGGCCACUAGACUGACGCCUCCAGAUGUCUGAAUGAGGACUGCGUUCAUGUUUCCCUCCCUCAGUUGGACCUUCUUCCCUGCAGGGACUGUGGAAGCACUUUAAGCCAGGACCCAAACGGGAACGUGGUCCCCGAUUGAGCGCUGAGACCGCCGGGAUGCAUCUUUGUUGUAUGUUGCACGAGAGAAAAAGAAAAAGUAGAACUGUAUAAAUCAGGUACUAGACGACCAUGUGACCAGUCUGAUUGUAUUUAAAACAACAAUGAUGGUGUUCAGAAAGAUUGAUCAUGUUUUGGUGGUUAACUAAUCCUAAUGUUGGACUUUAUUGAUCAGGGUUUGGAUGCAGAACAAUAUGAUCGCUCAUUGACUUAUGAUGAUACAUUUUUUUGUGUACAAUCAGCCACACUCAGAUUUACAAACUAUCUUUUAAAGAAUCAACGACAUUCUGACUUAAAAUGUGGAAGUAAACCAGGUUGAUUCAUGUUGGUGGAAUUAUUUCCAUAUAGAUUGUUGUUUCUCCCCACCAUUAGGCACUUUCCGGAAUAAAAUUCAGGUGAAAGUUGACUCGCCUUAGAACUGAUUUGACAAUGCUGUAUAUGUUUGACAGCAAUUAAUGACAAUAAAACAGAU